GUUGUGUCCAGAGCUACAUUUAGUUUGAGAAACAGACAGGGUUAGCCUGCUGCUAGGACCACAAGUCAGAUAAGAGGUUAUAUAGAACCAGGAGGGGAGAAGCAGUUGGACAAUCAAACAUGGGUGGUAGAGUGCAGAAGAUCUACCACCUUGCUGCUUUCAGCUGGUAUGCAUUUGUCAUACAGUCACUUUAUGCCAAGGGAGAUGAAGACCUUCCACCUGGGAUAUUUGUCUAUGGUGGGCCCUGGAAAUACCUGACAUUUUUAAACCUGAUUCUCCAGAUGGUGUUUUUUGGCCUGGCUGCACUGAAUGACCUCCAGUCCUCGGGCAAAGGCUUGCGUAUGGCCAGGGACCUGCUCUUCUCAGUCUAUACAUUCCCAGUGGGCAUGUUUGUGGUGGUGUUGUUUUGGUCAAUAUUUGCCUACGACAGGCAGCUUGUUUAUCCUGCAUCUCUGGACAAUUUCUUUCCUCCCUGGAUAAACCAUGCAAUGCAUACCUUUGUGUUCCCGAUCCUCUUUGGAGAGAUUUUGCUUCAGCCUCAUGCCUAUCCAAAGACCAAAACAGGCAUGACGGCAUUAGGUGUUGUAGGGCUUGCCUACUUAAGUUGGGUGAUUUGGGUGUACCUGAGUGUGGGUAUCUGGGUGUACCCCCUUCUCUCUUUGCUCAGUCCUGCUGGACUGAUAGGCUUCUUCUUUUUCAACAUGACUGUGGUGACUCUGCUUUAUUUGCUAGGACAAACACUAAACAGCAGCAUCUGGGGGAAAACACAGAAGGUCAAGAGGAGAGCAUAGACACAGGAUUUCUGGGAUAUUUAUUGACACGUUGCCAUGUGCUGACACCCCUCAACAGAAGCUCUUCAUGUCAGUCUCUUAAAUACAUUAUUUCAGAUUCUGUUCCAAGACGAGAUAAAUGCAUAAGGAGCCCAGAUGGUAUCAAAGGAAUCAAGAGUACACUCAGUAUAAAAAAGUAUGUAUAAAUAAGAAAGUAUUGAGUCCAUAUGUUAAAGGUGCAGUAUGUAGAAUUUAGUGGCAUGUAAUACAGAACUAAUGGAAUACUUUUCCCUUUCCAAGCAUAUAGCAAAAGCUAUAGAGUGCUCAUCAGGUGCAUAAAAUGUGCAAGACCAUGUUUUGGUUUGAUAGAGUGGUCGCACAUGGCAGCAAAACAGGGUGGACUCUGCGGAAGUGGAUCCUCUCACUAAUAAAUACAAAGGGCUCGUUCUAAGCUAACAAAAACCACAAACAUUCGUAGUUACAGGUGAUAACACUAUUGUCACUAUUGAAAAUAUAGCUAUGAAUAUCAUAUUCCAUUUCUGGUACUAGAUCACCAUAAAUCUUACAUACUGCACUUUCAAAAUAAUUGUUCUUAACCUGUCCUCUGUAAAUAAGCAAGGGAAACGUUGCAAUUUUACUAGAUUAUGUCUCACAUUUGGCAGAAUAAAAGAUGUUCAAUAUCCAUUGAUAAUCCACAACAAUAAUUAAAAAAGUAAAAACUUUCAUAGAAAA